AUGAAAGGUAUAGGGAAGUACUUGAUAGAAAAGGUCUCGCUUGGCUAAGGACAGUUCGGCUAAGUCUAUCGAUGUCAUUUGAAGGAGGAUGAUUCCAAAAUAUUCGCUUGCAAGGUAAUAAAAAAAAGUGAUCUCACAGCCAAGCUUUAUGACAAUUUGAAAAAUGAAAUCAACAUUCUGGCGAAAAUUGUCAGCCAAAAUGUGAUUUAAUUGAAUGAUAUUCAGAGAACUGAAAACAACUUCUACUUGAUAAUGGAGUUUUGUAAUGGAGGAGAUCUAGAAAAGCUAAAGAAUUAUAGGAAACGGUUCAAUGAAUUGGAAGCAAGAGUAAUACUGCAAUAAUUGGUUUCAGGCUUUAAAGAAAUAUACAAUUGUCAAGUGAUGCAUAGAGAUUUUAAGCUGGCAAAUAUUUUAGUGCACUUUGAGAAUGAGGAUAUGCUACUCAAGCAUAUUCCUGAUGCCAAAGACAGAGAAAAUGUGCUAAAGGCUAAGUUACAAACAAUGGACUUAAUUAAGGCAAAUAUGCAAAUAAAAAUUGCAGAUCUUGGCUUUGCAAGAGAAAUGAAUUAUGAGGACUUGACAUAAACUGUUUGUGGCACACCUUUGGUCAUGGCACCAGAAAUCUUGAAUGGCAGGAGAUAUAAUCACAAGGCUGAUGUUUGGUCACUUGGUGUUGUGUUCUUUGAGAUGAUUACUGGGUUCACACCAUUCACAGGAAGAGAUAAAAAAGAUUUGAUCAAUAAUUUAGACAAAGGAGUCUAUAAGCUUCCUAAAAAGUUAAAGCUCUCUCUAUCAGGGCUUGAUUUUCUGAAUAAUUGUCUACAAUUCGACUCUGAGAAAAGAAUGAGCUGGGAUGACUUAAUCAGACAUCCUUAUGUGACUAUAGAUCCUAGAAACGAAAAAGUUGACGAAGAGUUGCAUUUAUCUUACUCCGAGUAUCAUGGUUAAUAUGUAAGAUAAGAUAUGAUUGGUCAAAUCAAAGACUCUGAAAUUCUGAACAAGGAUUAGCCUCACAGAUUCCUUAAUGAAAGGAAUGCUAUUAUUCUCAAUUGUAAAGAUCCUCAGUAGUUCAACUAAGUCUACUAGAAGGCAUUGUAAAAGUAGUUUUAGGACGCUGUGGGAGCAGCUGAAGAAAAUCUUAUCAAUUUAGAUUAAAUUAAUUAGGAUAAUGGACCCAUAAGCAGACUUGUUAGAUCAAUGAUUGAAGAAAAACUUGAUGAAGAGAGCGACGAUGAGGUAUACUUCGAUUCAAGAGAUAAACAGCAGCAGAACUAAAACAAGCAAAACGAGAUAUUUGCUGAGGAACUAAAAGAAUAUGAAAAAUUAGAUGAGGCAAAAGUUAAAUCAUAAGAAAAAGUGAAGCUUAACCAAGAAUCUAAAGAGAGCAACAAAUAAAAGAGUGCCAAGGGCCAGAGAGAGGAAGAAAUUCUUGGUUUGAUUGUUGAUGAAUCUAAGCCAGAAGCUCGUAACAUUCAUUUCGAUUAGAUGGUGUUUAAUACUAAUAAGAAUGAUAUUCAAAAUCUGAUUAACAUUGAUGAGAUGAAGCAGCAAAUGGAAUAAUUGAAGUAAUUUGAAGAAGAGAAAAUGAGAAAGUAAUAAUAGUAACAAAGCCCCGAAAAGAAAGUAAAAGAUUAACUUAUUUAGAUUCAAAAAAAUGAUGUCAUUUAGAAACAAUAAGAUCAAGUUGAUGAUCAGUAGGAAGUUAUUGUAAACAAAUAGGAGAUUAUAGAUGACGAUACAAUAAGCUCAAAGUUCGAGGAAGUAAAGAGAGAUUACAUAUAUCAAGAAGCCUUGCAUCAUUAGUUACCUCAUGAUUAGUUAUUCGACAUGGCCUAAGAUUCUAUCUACCCUAAACUUAAGGACAAUCCUCAUCUUCUUGAUUAGCAAGCAUUCCUGUUUGAUCAGCAGCAUGAAGAUUAGGAGGUGGAAAUAAAGUUCAAUGAAAACUACUUCUGA